AUGAUUCCGGAACUGGAGCGUUACUAUCUCACGAACUAUUCUAAAUGCAAUUUAUCUUAUAAUUAUCUUGCAACGCGGGAAGGAUUAUCAUAUCCCAGUCAUGUAAUUCAAGCUAUAGCAGCUCCAGUACAAAUAUUAUCUUUUUUCACUAUUUUGAAAAAAACACCUAAGGUUAUGAAAACGAUGAAGUGGCCAUUGUUCAUCAAUCAUUCUUGGUCUGUUUGGAUAGAUUUCGGUUUAUGUACAUUGUCAACUCCGUAUAUUUUCCUCCCAACCACAUCAUUUAUUGGUGUUGGAAUUUUAAGUUUCUUCGGGUUAUCGUAUAUCCCGCAAAUGGCUGCUGGCGCGUUGUCAGCUUUGUGUGAGUUCAUUUGUUUGUCUAGCCGAAGUAAUGCUAUCACAGAUAAUCGUUUUCGGAUGACAAAGAAAUGCACUCGAGUUUUAUACCAUACUUUAGUAUUAUUUUUGAAUCUCACUGUAUUAUUAUUCAUGUUCUUCACGACGACAGAAGAGUCACAAAAAUUGGAAGCUCUGAAAAUCGAUCCGUGCCCGACUAAAGAAUUUUUUAGGUCUCCUGUUGGUUAUUACAACCAGGGCCUUAUGAAUCUGGGUAUGAUAUUUUAUGGGCUAAAUGGAUUGGUUGAAAGUUUGGCUAUCCUUUCGGUAUAUCGUCCUUAUCGGAACGCUGUAAAAGACAUUUUGAACUUUAGAAAAUCAAAAGAACCCAAAGUCCAAACUAUUCCAGUUCGAGAAGUUUGUGGGAAUUCUGGUUUUGGAAGGACACAUCUUCGAAUUUGA